CGGUGGCCGGAGGCGGUGGCGAUGGGCAGCGAGGGACAGCGGGGCCCGGCGGCGGCCCGGGGUCCGGGGCAGGGCGACCCACAGACCCUGCGGAGGGACUGCCAGCACCGGAUCUUUGUCAACCGGAGCCUGGCGCUGGAGAAGAUCAAGUGCUUUGGCUUUGACAUGGACUACACCUUGGCCAUGUACAAGUCCCCUGACUACGAGGAGCUGGCCUUCACCCUGUUGCUGGAGCACCUUGUUGCCAUCGGGUACCCUCCUGAGAUCCUUGCCUACAAAUAUGACCCCACCUUCCCCACCCGGGGGCUGGUGUUUGAUGCCCUGUACGGGAACCUGCUGAAGGUGGAUUCCCAUGGGAACCUGCUGGUCUGUGCCCAUGGCUUCCGCUUCCUCAAGGGAGCCGAAAUCCUCCACUAUUACCCCAACAAGUUCAUCCAGAGGGAUGACAUGAAGCGUUUCCACAUCCUCAACACCCUCUUCAACCUCACAGAGGCCCACCUCUAUGCCUGUCUUGUGGACUUUUUCACCAACUGCUCCAGAUAUGUCAACUGUGACACCGGCUACAAGCAUGGGAACCUCUUCAUGUCCUUCCGCAGCAUGUUCCAGGAUGUGCGCGAGGCCAUGGACCAUGUCCACCUCUCUCCUGGCGCUGGAGAAGAUCAAGUGCUUUGGCUUUGA